AUGGCUCUUCACGCCACUGAAAUAGAGAAAAGAAAGUCGGAGAUCAAUAUGGGGUUAUUGAGUUUGAGAGAUCUGGAGGGUCACGACCCAACUGGGUGGGCCUUCGGUGAUUUGCUAGUUGUUUGUGGUGUUGCCGCUGAGAAAUAUGAGGAAGAAAAAUAUAGGAAACAAUGGAAACCGCCGGUGGCAAGCCCCAAGAGAAAAAUCAUGGGUUCUCUUAUAGAAGCCCAAAGAAGCACUCGCAGAAGGAAUGGCUUGAAGCGAAUCUACGUAGACCCCGAUUUCAAGAUAAGCCAAAACAAGUCUAAAAGCAAAAACAAAGAACCCGGUAUGAGAUCGGACAAGAGGCCGAAGCUGGAUGUGCCCGCCGUUCCAAACCCACCGCCGGACUUGCCUGAGGAUCUCAAGAAUCGCAUCAAGGCGGUAGGCGGAACCGAGGUGGUUAUGGUAAUACAAAAACGCCUCACCGACACUGACCUACAAGAAGGCCAUAAUCGGUUGUCCAUGCCGUUUGGGAAGAUCGAUAGGGGUUUCUUGAGAGAGGAAGAGAAAGAUUUGCUUGCCGAACAACAGAUAAUGGAAGUGCCAUUCUUGGAGCCCUCGCGAGAGGUGAGUAAGAUGAUAUUGAGGCAGUGGGACAUGGGCAAAAAGUCGGGGAAGACAAGCUCCAUGUACGUGUUAAGGACAAACUGGAAUGAUGCCGCCAAAAAGAAUGUACUCAAGGCAAAUGAUGUGGUCCAAGUUUGGUCUUUCCGAGUCGGUGGUGAACAACAACAACUUCUUGGCCUGGCUCUGGUCGUGGUUAGUAGAUCGAGCACCAAAUCUUGA